CCUAAUAAGCAUGAACCAAGGAGUAGUUUGGUUCUCCCCUUGGUUGUUCUUAUUAUUCUGUGUAGUAUGGCGUUUCCACGAUCGAAGAAAUUUAAAUGUGGCCAUGAAGGCUGUACUCUCAGCUUCUCCGACGCUCACGAGGUGGCCAUGCACAGGCGUACGCACACGAUCAAUACGUUUGCCGCUCUCCAUCACGAGUCAGCGAACAGUGCUAUGGCAGGUAGUGAGACGAGUCAACCGGCCAGUUAUGAUCUUCCAGAAGAGAUGUUAUUGUCUUACCCAGUCAUUCAAGCGGACGGCCCAAUAGACACAACAAGCAACAAUGAUAUGCGAUUCUCCGAUAUGGUGACUGGUUAUGGUGCCAACGCGGUUGGUUCGCUCGGUUUCGUCGCCGGUAGAAAUCUGCAUGACGUUUUGCAGCAGUCGGGUCACGAUUCCAUCUCUUCAUUAACCGGCCCUGCCAAUUCCAUUGAAAAAGAGGAGUUUCACCACUACACUACAGAUGUCGGAGUCACACCAGCUGUGACAGGAGCGAUGGACACGGUAGUACAAGACGACAUUUGGGCGAAGUGGCUAGAUGUACCCAUUGAAGACGCAGCUUUCGAUCCCUUUGAUUCCACCCACACUGAUGGCGUAGUUGAGGAUACCACCGUCGAACAUCUGGCCACUUCAGGAUCACAGUCCGAAACGCAACCCUAUUCUCAUCCACAUAUGCAACUCGCUCAAUCACCAUUGUUUCAAGAUCAAACGAAAUCUACUGUAACCAGUAGCGGGCACGUAACGCAAGCACCACAUCAAUGCCAGAAUCUGGAAAGUUACACGCCUGAAGCACCAGUUGCCUACCCAGCAUUUCCAUACCUUCCACUAUUGUCAACGUCAAAGGUCUCUCUGCCAGAUGAUCAGCUAGCAUUGGGCUCAUUAACUACCAACAACCUGCCUUCCGUUAGUGCUGGUGCUGAUGCUACCAUUAGGAGGAACCAGCACCACCAGCAGCAGCACAAACAGCAGUAUAACCAGACUGCUGGUGUAGUAGGACACCAAAAUGCCACAGCUUCCCAAGCAAACAUUUCCAUGGUGCAAGGUGCCGGCUCGGAUAAGUUUCCCGUGACUCACGGGAUUGUGCAUCCACAUGGUUUAAGGUCCUCGGGGUUGACAUCACUGCCAGAUAAUAGCGUGCCCGAUACCGGCAAUCAAGAACAGUUGCAUAACCUCGUGAAAUUGCCAGGGAGUAGUCUUUCGGCAACAUUCUCUCGCAAUGCGGAGCUGGCCCGGGACACGCGUAAGCAUACAGUCGAGAAGCUAUUUCAAAAUUUUCAAUGUCAGACCUGUAAGGGAUCAUUUCCAUAUUCGUAUACCCUAGAUAGGCAUCUCCUUACCCAUACCGGUGAGAGGCCUGUUCGUUGUUCUAUCUGUGAGCGUCAGUCUGCAAGGAGGGAUAUAUUGGAUGGCCACAUCCGUACACAUAGUGACAAGCAUAAAGAAAAUGCUCCUUUUGAAUGUCCGGUCUGCGAGCGUAAGUUUUAUUUGAAGCAUGUCUUAAAAACCCACAUCCGAAUCCACACUGGUGAAAAGCCUUUCCAGUGUUUACUUUGCAAUCGAAGUUUUACGCAGUCUUCUCAUAAGAAUCGACACAUGAAGAGCGUUCACCAACAGCAGGGAGCAAGAUCAGCAUCAAGCGUGCAGCACAUAGACUCAUCGAGUCUUGUUGGUACGUCUUCGUUUACGAAAGUGGUGAGCUUGACAUCACUUCCGGUGCCGAGUGCGGAUGGACAGUUAUCUGCCACAGCUACAGCGCCGGCUGUUGGUGCAGCUUCUGCCACAUCUUCUAAUACCACUGGUACAUCAACAACACCCGCCUCAUCCACGGGUACCACCGCCUUCGCAGUCCCACAACAACCCGUAACCAUGCCAGGCUCAUCCACGGUGAACGUAAUGCAGGAGCAACACCAGCUUCUUCUGCAACAACAGCAGCCAGGACACCAGCAGCCAGAACACCACCACCAAACCCACAGCCAACAGAAUCUGGUUCAAAAUCCCGACCAGAGUAGUGGCAUGACAGGUGGAAUGGAAAAUCCGUCUGGUUCACUAGCAGGCACAAAGGGUGCAACACCAUCAAAGUAUUCUGCUCUCCUGGGAAUGGACCUACCUCCACCGGUGUAGGUGCUGUUAGUCCUAGAUGAGAAAGGUCGGUGAUACUGUAGAGUUAAGUAUGCCUGAUCUGCUACAGCAUUGUGUUGGUGCAGCUCCAGGGUUUUGCGUAGCAUUGAAUACUAUGCCAACACCUUGCCAUAUCACUUGUAUCAAUCAAGUCUAUGAUCUAUCAAACUUUGUCUCUAACCUGCUGAUAACUUUCUAACGCUGACGUCACCUACAUGUGCAUGGUUUGAUGUAUAUGUAUCGACUGUCUAGUGUACACGGCCUGAUGUAUGUCUACAUUGUUUGUCGUUGGCUUGCCACUAUCAUUGAAAUACACAUGCAUAUCUUCAUGUAUGUCUGUCAACUUCGUUGCAUAAAUGAUGACGUCACCUACAUGUGUAUGUUUUUUUGAAAUUGACAAUAAUGCACUUCUCAUCUUUCAGUUGUUUGGGUUGUUUUGAGUUAUCACUUGAAGUUCAAUGCACAUUUUGCUAUAUUGGUGUAUGCUAUUUUUUGGUGCUUAGUAUACCCGAGUUGAUAUUUAUAGAAGUUUUGACUAUCGAGAACGAAAUUUGCUAUAAUGUGCUUGAAAAGCGAAAAGGU